AUGGCCAAUUUCCUCGCCUCCAUUUUCGGCACAGAGCUUGACAAAGUCAACUGCUCAUUCUACUUUAAAAUCGGCGCCUGCCGUCAUGGCGACCGCUGCUCGAGAAAACACGUCAAGCCCUCCUACAGCCAGACCAUCCUCAUGCCCAACCUCUACCAGAACCCCGCCUACGACCCCAAGAACCGGAUGAACGCCUCGCAGCUGCAAAAUCACUUUGACGCCUUCUACGAGGACAUUUGGUGCGAGCUGUGCAAGUACGGCGAGCUGGAAGAACUCGUCGUUUGCGACAACAACAAUGACCACCUCAUCGGCAACGUCUACGCCCGAUUCAAAUACGAAGACAGCGCCCAAGUCGCCGCCGACACGCUCAACAGCCGGUGGUACGCCGCGCGCCCCAUAUACUGCGAGCUCAGUCCCGUCACAGACUUCCGCGAGGCCUGCUGCCGCCUCAACUCGGGCGAGGGCUGCGUCCGCGGCGGCUUCUGCAAUUUCAUCCACCGCAAGAACCCCAGUGAGGAGCUCGACCGCGAGCUCACGCUCAGCACGAAGAAGUGGCUCAAGUCGCGUGGCCGGGACGAGCGGAGCGCCAGCCGAUCGCCUACACCGGAGCCUACUAGAAGGCGGUUCUAG